AUGAUUCAGCUGCGUAUUUCCACGGAAUUUUUGGCUUUGAUGAAAAAAGUAACAGCAGCACCACGAAUCCUGGAUAUCGUAAAUAUGCAAGGAGCGCAACGAGUGCUGGAACGUUUAGCUGAUAUGCUUGCGAAAAUUCAAAAAGCACUGGGUGAAUACUUGGAACGCGAGCGUAGCUCGUUCCCACGCUUCUAUUUUGUUGGUGACGAAGAUUUACUCGAAAUUAUGGGCAACAGGUAA